AUGCCUCCUCACGGCGGCGAGAUCCCCUACGAAAAGCGGGUCGCCGUCAUCUGCUUACGCCUCUUAUUCGGCUUCACCUACGCCACGAUUGGGGAGAAACUGGAUCUGAAAAUCCGUUCGGUCCACCAAGUCUACAGUCGUGCCAUGCGACGGACGGAAGAACAUCUUCGGAAUUCCUUCGUCGAUGUGGCGAAGAAUGUCCGGGAUGCACCUCGCUCAGGCAGGCCAGCAACGGGUAGAUCGAAACGGAAGCCUCGUGCUUCGAGAGCGAAGGGUCAGGUUCCUCCUGCUGAGUCGGCGGAACCGCGCCUAGAAGGUCCGGGGGGUUCUGCGGAGGCGCAACGACCUCUGGUGGGGCCCGGUCAGGUAAAUGCAAGCGUGCCUGUGAGUGCAUUGUUGGGGUCAGAUGCAGGUAAUAGGGAAAGUCCUGCAGAGCCAGCUGUCCCGAAUGCUCCGUCUUCACCACGGCCACGGCCGCAGCCGCAGCCGCAGGGACCGGGACAUCGAUUGAUUUGGCCAGCCUAG